CCCUCUUUCUCCCUCUCCCUCCCUCCUCUUGCCACACCCAUCAUCGAGUCUCGCCCGUCCACGGGUCAUUGAACCACGGCUACGGCAGCUUCGAUCCCACCAGAGCUUUGACCCAGACAUUAUUUUCGCCCAGAGCACACCUUCACAUCACCUCCCUCCACACACCCACCCACCAGCCUCUUCGCUAAGAUGGCGCGGUACUCUGGACACAAGAGCAGUCCCGCGAGGGCAUCAGUGUCGUCCUGGAUGACGGCCUUCUACAUUUGCGCCAUUUUCCUGGCGCCUAUGCUCUUCAUGGGCAUGAUUCCUUCAGCACACGCACAAGACACCGAGAAGGCGGACACGGGGGUGUCGGGUCCUGUCAUCGGUAUCGAUCUGGGGACAACAUACUCUUGUGUGGGUAUCAUGAAGGGUGGCAACGUCGAAAUUCUGGUCAACGACCAAGGUAACCGAAUAACGCCUUCAUGGGUGGCUUGGAACGACGAUGAGCGUCUUGUCGGAGAUGCCGCAAAGAACCAGUUCGCGGCGAACCCACACAGAACCGUCUACGACAUCAAGCGUCUUAUUGGUCGCAAGUUUGACGACAAAGACGUUCAGAAGGAUAUGAAGCACUUUCCAUACAAGGUCAUCAACAAGGGUGGUCAGCCCCGUGUCAAGGUUGAUGUCAAGGGUGAUGAGAAGACCUUCACUCCUGAAGAAAUCUCGUCCAUGAUUCUCGGCAAGAUGAAGGAAGUCGCCGAAUCAUACUUGGGUGAGACCGUCACCAACGCCGUCGUCACCGUCCCAGCCUACUUCAACGACGCUCAACGUGCCGCUACGAAAGAUGCCGGCACCAUCGCUGGUCUCAAUGUCCUCCGUGUCGUCAACGAACCCACCGCAGCCGCCUUGGCCUACGGACUCGACAAGACCGACAAGGAGCGCCAGAUCAUCGUCUACGAUCUUGGAGGAGGUACCUUCGAUGUCUCCAUCUUGACUGUCGACCAGGGUGUCUUCGAGGUGCAGGCAACUGCCGGAGACACUCACCUUGGUGGUGAGGAUUUCGAUCAGCGCAUCGUUGACUACUUCACCAAGAGCUACAACAAGAAGCAUGACACCGACAUCACCAAGAACGCCAAGACCAUGGGUAAACUGAAGCGUGAGGUCGAGAAGGCCAAGCGUGCUCUGUCCAGCCAAAUGAGCACCAAGAUCGAAAUUGAAGCCUUCCACGACGGUGCUGAUUUCUCGGAGACCCUCACCCGGGCCAAGUUCGAGGAGCUGAACAACGACCUCUUCAAGAAGACUCUCAAGCCAGUGGAACAGGUUCUCAAGGACGCCAAGAUGAAGAAGAGCGACAUUGACGACAUCGUGCUCGUCGGUGGUUCUACCCGUAUUCCUAAGGUUCAGGCCAUGCUUGAAGAGUACUUUGGCAAGAAGGCCAGCAAGGGUAUCAACCCUGAUGAAGCUGUUGCUUACGGUGCCGCUGUUCAAGGUGGUGUUCUCUCCGGAGAGGCUGCUGCAAGUGACGUCGUCCUCAUGGAUGUGAACCCACUCACUCUUGGUAUCGAGACCACUGGUGGCGUUAUGACCCACUUGAUCAAGCGUGGUACUACGAUUCCUACGAAGAAGAGUCAGAUCUUCUCGACUGCCGCGGACAACCAGGCGACUGUUUUGAUCCAGGUGUUCGAAGGCGAACGUUCUAUGACAAAGGACAACAACCAACUCGGAAAGUUCGAUCUCUCUGGCAUUCCUCCCGCUCCUCGUGGACAGCCUCAGAUUGAGGUCACCUUCGAGCUCGAUGCCAAUGGAAUCCUGCGUGUGUCUGCUGGCGAUAAGGGCAGCGGAAAGUCGGAGUCGAUUACCAUCACCAACGACAAGGGCCGUCUCAGCACCGAGGAAAUUGAGCGCAUGGUUGAGGAGGCCGAGAAGUACGCCGAGGAAGACAAGGCCACACGCGCGAAGGUUGAAGCCCGCAACGGGCUUGAGAACUACGCAUUCAGCCUCAAGAACCAGGUCAACGAUGACGAAGGGCUUGGCGGAAAGAUCGAUGAGGAUGACAAGGAAGCGCUUAUGGAGGCGAUCAAGGAGGCCACCGACUGGCUCGAGGAGAACGGACAGACGGCGGAUGCCGAGGACUUCGACGAGCAGAAGCAGAAGCUUUCUGAUGUCGCGUACCCGAUCACAUCCAAGUUGUACGGAGAGAGCGGCGGUGCCGGGGGCAUGCCUGACUAUGGCGAUGAUGAGCCCAGUGGUCACGAUGAGCUAUAAGCGUGCAAAUCUUGUGCUGUUUCCAGAUCGAUACAGUAGCUGGUGCGGCGAAUGAGUUCCAGGAUGUUGCUAAGACAUGUGCCAUAUAGAACCACAUGAGUUUUUUGAAAAGUUCCAUACAGCAUACUCUACUCCUGCCAGGUGACAUGAGGAGCAGGUGGCGUGGCGGUCAAUUUCACCCACGAUGGCGCAACCCAUCUAGCUGCAGACUGGUCCCA